AUGGCGGAUAUUGCGAAAAGUCCUUUUUGGCCCACAAAGUCUCCAGUGCGCAGAUCUAUGGACGCUCGCAGCUCCGUAUUCAACCGCCUGUCACUCCGCAAGUCGACCCCCAUGGAAUCUUUGCCCAGGCAGCUCCAUAAGAAUUGGAAGAUCAGUGAUUUCGAGCUCGGUCGUAAGCUGGGAAAAGGUAAGUUUGGUAAGGUCUACUGUGUGCGGGAGAUCGAAACGGGGUUCGUGUGUGCAUUGAAGGUCAUGGACAAACGCGAAUUGCUAAACUACAAGGUCGAGAAACAAUUCGUCAGAGAAAUCGAGAUACAGGCAAACGUGCGCCACGUGAACUGUUUACGUUUGUACGGCUGGUUUCACGAUCACAAAAACGUGUACCUGAUUCUGGAAUACGCGGCUGAGGGAGAGCUCUAUAAAGUGCUCAAAUCCAAACGGCGGUUUGAUGACGUCACCGCGUCCUACUACACCUUCCAAGUCGCCAGUGCGCUCAGUUACUUACACAAAAAACAUAUCGUUCACAGAGACCUCAAACCGGAAAAUAUAUUGCUUCAUUUCAACAACCAGAUCAAACUCUCGGAUUUUGGGUGGAGCGUUUACGCUCCUGGGCAUUCCAAAAGAACGACGAUGUGCGGCACGUUGGAUUACCUGCCACCAGAAAUGGUGGAAGCCAAAACUCACGACGAAAAAGUGGAUGUGUGGGCACUGGGUAUCCUACUAUAUGAGUUUCUGGUUGGCAGGCCUCCAUUUGAAGAGCAGAACUCAAGCACCACGUAUAAACGCAUCGCAAAAGUGGACCUUCGCAUUCCGUCUUUUGUCUCACCAGAUGCCGCCGACCUUAUCCGCAAGUUGCUAAAGUACGAGCCAGAGAAACGCUUCAGACUCUCAGAAAUUGGCAAACAUCCUUGGAUACUCAAAAAUCGGCUCCAUUGGCCAUCUACCUUUAUGAGUCUUGAAAAUACUUAA